CUUCAGAUGCGGAGGCGGGGCGCUCCCGGCAUGCUCUAGGGCACGGCGCCGCCCGCGGGUUUUGAAUCACGCUCCCAGGCGUCUUGGCGGCAGCGUCAUGGAGGCUCCGGCUCUCCCCGCAACCUGGCAGCUGUAUCUCAUGGACCACCGUAUCUCCACCUUCAAGAACUGGCCGUUCCUGGAGGGCUGCUCCUGCACCCCAGAGCGGAUGGCGGAAGCUGGCUUCAUCCACUGCCCUACCGAGAAUGAGCCUGACUUGGCCCAGUGUUUUUUCUGCUUUAAGGAGUUGGAAGGCUGGGAACCCGAUGACAACCCCAUAGAGGAGCAUAAGAAGCACUCGCCUGGGUGUGCCUUCCUUACUGUCAAGAAGCAGUUUGAAGAACUAACCCUCAGUGAAUUUUUGAAACUGGACAAAGAAAGAGCCAAGAACAAAAUUGCAAAGGAGACCAACAGCAAGCAGAAAGAAUUCGAAGAAACGGCCAAGACCGUCCGCCACUCCAUUGAGCAGCUGGCUUCUUCUGCUGGGGCGACCUGAACCUGAACGACAUGCACAUUUAAGCCGUGUGUCCUAGCUUUCCCAGCCCGGGCCUCUUAGCAGUGUCUUAGAGAAAGAAAUAACGGUAUUUUGAAACUGGAUGUCAAAUAUUAUUUUCGUUUUCGCUUGGAAGUGGCUCAGCCUGUGUGCCUACCUCUUCAUUUUCUGGCUUUGCUGUGUGGUGACCUGGACUGAGGCGGUGAGGACAGGAGUGGGUGAGGAGGGCAGUGUCCGGGGGCAGGCCCUGAGGGGUGGGGGGUCGUGCAGGUGUUUCUGGUCUUCAUGUUUCCAUACUGGUAGCUGACGCGUCCUGUGCACUGUAGCUGUGGUUCUGUGUGGUGCUGGCGAUUCGUCUGGCCUCCGGUGUGAGUCUGCUACUACAGGGGAAUGGAAUAAAAUACUUGAAAAGUGGA